UUCUGAACAAGUUCUCUUCCUAAAAUACUGUCCUAGGAAUGUCUAACCUGUUUAUCCUAAAUUAAACAUAGUUUGUGGAUAAGAAUACUUUUGUGAUUGUAGAAAUGACCUUUGAGCACAAAAAUGUCAAAGUAUUUAUUCAUACAAAAACUGGUGUUGAAUUUAGGUCGAUUAUAAUACUAAGUUAAAACAAUGUCGACAUUCGAUUGCGCCUGUGCGACAUAUGCGACGCUGUGUCCCACGGGUUCCGUCUCCUUUGGAUGAAUUUAGUGUAUUUAUUUGAGAAAAAAACUUAUAUUUGGUCGUUGAUUGCCACUUAUCACUGUAGGAAAACAUAAGAAUAAGCGUAAGCUUAAUAAGAAUAAGCUUUGAAACAAAUAUCAAGAUCGACUCUGCUGAAUCUGUGUCACUGAGUCCGCCUUGGCCUCCUCGCACUCACUCCGUAGACCAGUAUGCUGCCCCGCUGUCUGGCGCUGACGCAGCUGCGCGGGCUGCAGCUGAGCUGGUGCCGUCUCCGCGCCGCCCGGCUCCCGCAGCAGAGAGUGACCCAGACCGCUGGUAUCCAUGUGGCCGUGCCACAGGCUAAGGAGAAACGAGAUGGACAUGUGAACACCAAAUUGGUACCACAUGCCAUCUUUGGAGGUGCAAAGGAGAAGAACAAGAACACCUAUCUGGCUGCGAUGGACAUGUUCCACGAGAUGACCGUCCACAAACGCGGUCACGUGGAGUUCAUCUACGCGGCUCUCCGUGAGAUGGAAAACUACGGCGUCCACAAGGACCUGGAGGCGUACAAGAAGGUGCUGGGCGUCUUCCCCGUCGGACAGAUGGUCUCCACCAACGUGUUUCAGGUGGAGUUUAUGCACUACCCGCGGCAGCAGAACUGCGCCAUCGACGUGCUCCAGCAGAUGGAGGAUAACGGCGUCAUCCCCGACCUGGAACUGCGCGACCAGCUCAUCACCAUCUUCGGCAAGUUCUCGUUCCCGGUGCGUAAGCUGGCACGGAUGCUGUACUGGAUGCCCAAGUUCCGUAACCAGUCCCCGUGGCUGCUGCCGCGGCCCCUGCCUUCCGAGCUGCAGCAACUGGCCCAGCUGGCUGUGAAACAAAUCACAUCGGUGGACGCGAGGUCGGAGGUCACCACAUUCACGGAGUCCGACCUGCCGGAGGACGCCGUCGACUCCACGUGGAUCGUGUCGGGUCAGAGCGGUCAGCAGCGCCGUCUGCUGGAGGAGCACCCUUCCGACAAACCGCUGUUUGUCGAGGGAGCCUACACCGUGUGGCUGCAGGACCAGGCCAUAUCGUACUUUGUGCUGAGAGCAGAGCCGCAGCCGCAGAGACAGCACGAGGGACUCGACUCGGACGACAUCACGUACCUGGAGAACUGGACGUGGCGGCGGGCCCGUCAGGCGGCCUCCUCGGACUCCGGCGGCACGGCCUGGAACGUCCGCCCGCCCAGCGUGCACAUACAGGAGGACGGCACCAUCAUGGCCGUCUGCGCCACAGGCACCUCCAGUCGCGACUCGCUCCUCUCGUGGAUCCGCCUGCUGGAGCGCCAGUGUCCCCGCCUGGCUGAACUCCCUGUGGUCUUCACUCUCCGGUCACCCGAGACCGGGGUGACCACGACAGAUGAGAAUCCUGAGAGAGGGGUAACCACGAGCGGCGGUUCCGCGCGGGCAGAGCACAGGUCAGACGGUGCAGAGAGCAGAGGGGCGGAGAGAGAGGGUGGGAGAAAGGGAGAGGAUGGCGGGGAGAGUAAAAGGUGACGCCGCCGGUAGGGUAGGUAGGGUAAAUUGAGACGGGUUAAGGACAGUGUGAGUUGAAACAAGGCAGGGUCGAGAAAUGGCGAAAAGCUUGACGGAAAGUUAGGGAAAAAGUAAAGGAAGAUGUUGCUUUCGUUGAAGGGUAUCGUUGGAGGGAAACGCCAAGGUGGUCAAGGGAGAUUUGCUGACGGAAGACACCGCAAUGGGUAACAGAAGGGGGACUUUCAGUGCUGCCGGCAGGGACGUAGUGACGUCAUAUGACGUCAUUGCAGAUACGAACGCCGCCUGAUCUGUGCAGUUAAUGUCCACGGGUGGCGCCAUCAUACGAGCUUGCGGUGUUACCGAACUUACUGGCCACAGAUCGGUGUCGACGACGUUCUUCAGGAGGUCAUUUUUACUGCCUUUAGCUCUCAUGUUGAGGUGAUGCCACGUAUGACUUCAUGAAGUCUCCUUGUGUUUUAAAGGAGGGGGUAGCGUUUCGCAAGCUCAACCAGUGAGUCAGGUUGUUAUGUGGCUUACAUCAACAGCAUCAGUAGCAUGCCGUUGGCGCUGAUUUGACAUCAGGGUUAACGUAAAAUAGCUCGCGCUACGUCAUGCUACUUCUUGUGACGUUGGGCCCGGCUCAUGUUCAAGGUGAAUCGAUUGUGCUCGAUUUCCCCUCAGACUGUGAUAUUAGCAGAACAUAUGUAGUAUGUUGAGUGAGUGUGAGUGACAAUUGAUUUUUUAGAUUGAGUUUGUGCAGUUGUUGGUAUCCUGUGUUUUGACAGAAACUUCGAAUCAAUAAAUCGUCGUAACGAGUCUG